GGUGGGAUAGGCAAGAGAGCCGUUUCAGAUACAGUGCGAGAGAGAGUAACAGUCACCCACUCGAGCACAACCUCGGACGAUACAAAUAUGACUAGUCAGUACGACGACGACAGCCGCGACCGAAGCGAAUGUAAAAGCAAGUCGCCCACCGUGCUCUCCUCCUACUGCAUAGACAGUAUACUGGGCAGAAGAAGCCCGUGUAAAGUCAGACAACUGGGAGCGCAAAGUUUGCCAGCACCCGUCAGACCGGACCACGACAAGUCAGCUGAAGUCACCUCUAAAGAGAACUCGUUUGACGCGGACAUGCACCUGCCGCCCAAACUGCGCCGGCUCUACGGCCCUGGGGGGAAGUACCUGGACUCCGGGAGGGGGUUUCACGAGCAUCUAGAGAAGGGUGAGAGGGAGAGACUGCUGGACCAAGCCUGUGAGAGUCUCAAAAUCAGCCAAGCGCCACAAGUCAGCAUCAGCCGUAGCAAAUCGUACAGGGAGAACGCGCCCUUCAGCCAGAGCGAUGAAGGCCAGAGCCCCGAGCACACGGCCCAGGAGCUGGUGGAGCUCAGCACGCUGAAGUUUGAAGAGGACGUUGUCAAAGAGGAGGCGUGCGGAGACGCCAGUCUGUCUCCCAAGGAUGAAGAGAGCCUGCACAACGAUGGGGAUGUAAAAGAUGGAGAGGACAGUGUGUGUCUGUCGGCCGGCAGCGACUCGGAGGAAGGCAUGCUUAAACGGAAGCAGAGAAGAUACAGGACUACCUUCACCAGCUAUCAGCUGGAGGAACUGGAGAGGGCCUUCCAGAAAACACACUACCCUGAUGUGUUCACCAGAGAGGAGCUCGCGAUGAGGCUGGAUCUGACAGAAGCGCGCGUGCAAGUUUGGUUUCAAAACCGAAGAGCGAAGUGGAGGAAACGUGAAAAGGCAGGUGUCCAGGCUCACCCCACGGGCUUGCACUUUCCUGGGCCGCUGACAGCCGCUCACCCCCUGAGUCACUACCUGGAAGGAGGACCCUUCCCACCUCACCCAGCUCUGGAGUCAGCGUGGACUGCCGCAGCAGCAGCUGCUGCCGCAUUCCCAGGCCUGGCACCACCCCCAAACAGCUCUGCCCUCCCUCCUGCCACACCCCUCGGCCUAGGAACCUUCCUGGGCACAGCGAUGUUCAGGCAUCCGGCCUUCAUCGGACCUACUUUUGGCAGACUAUUCUCAAGUCUGGGUCCUCUGACCAGUGCUUCCACGGCCGCCGCUCUCUUGCGCCAAACUGCACCGCCAGUGGAGAUUCCAGUGCAGCCUCCGACAACCCUACCAGAACCUCCUUCUUCCUCAUCCUCUAUGGCCGCCGACCGCAGGGCAUCCAGCAUCGCAGCUCUGCGUCUCAAAGCAAAGGAACAUUCAGCCCAGUUGACCCAACUGAACAUCCUGCCGUCCGGCACUGCAGGGAAGGAAGUGUGCUGAUCCUUCUCCUUAAAAACAAAACAAAAUAUUAAAGAAACCAUCUCAACAAAAAGCACGACCAAAUCCAUAUAGCACUAGUACACCGGAGACCCGUUUGAAACUGGAGUCAUCACCAAGUCACUGCGCCUCCCACUGGACAUCAUCACUAUAAUUUACACAGUGCACCAAACAUGUUUCAAAACCCUGAACAUAAAGAUUCUGAGUGUAAUGUAGGCAUCUCAGAGGGUAAGUUAGGGAGGCUAUGCUUGGUAAAGUCAUUGAAUAAGUCGGGUCUUUGGGUCAGGAGCAAUUGUGGUAAAAGACACAUUUACUGUACACCCACACAGAGAAGAAUCAUUGGAACCACACUGCAAUACACACAGAACUCGACAUUUCUUCCUAGUCUUCUCUCAGUGCUGAAGCAGAGAUGGGUCAAUAUGCCAAAGGGAACUGCCACAACCUGCUACCCAACCGGAACCAUAUCCAUUCACGUUUGGCCUCAGUAUUGGCAAAACAAAUCAAAUGUCUGAAAACGAAUACUCCGCUUUAC